GAGAGAACGUAAUUUUCUCUUCCCCUUUUUUAUCUGUCAUAAUUUCCCAAUAAAAAAUUUUAUCACGAAAACUUAACCAUUCCUCUCAAAUCCUGGAGAUUCUUCGAUAACUCAGCGCAGAGCUGAGCUUCUCUGUAAACGCUCGAAUGUUCCUGACGAUAAGAGGAAGAGUCUUCAUGAAUUUCGGGACAACCAGACGUUCUGGGAGCUGGGGGUUUAAUCCUCGUCAACUGAAAGGAAAGAUCUCUUCAUGAGACCGACGGUUCGUGUGCUCACUUUCACCAGUAGGAUUUUUCCUGAAUUUUCCCAGACUGGAACACUUCCGAAACGUCUCGUCCACCUGAACCGAAUGAAACUGCAUCAAAAUGAAUCCCGAAUGCCCCAAACCGAUUACCAAAGCCUCACCCGAAAUUUCACUUGUCAACGAGGGACACAACAUUUCUUCAUCGACUCCACACUGAAUUCCUGCACGUUCACAUCGAAUUCCUUGAAUUCCUCCAGCCAAGCUCGUUUGCUCUCCAAUGGGGCUGCCCACAAGACAAGACGACAUUUUGCCAGCUCCCAUCUCAAUCUCGUUGGAAUUAAUAUCGUUUCAUCUCGUAAACAAUAAGCACAGGAUCGUCUUGUAUCGAGCCGAAUGAAAAAUUAAAAUUCCAUUCCCCUCUGCAUCUCGUCCUGCUGAGAUGAGCAGGAACAAGCCUAUCGUCCACCUGCUGAUGAUCGAACCGAGAACACUGAUGGAUUGAACUAUUUUCUGUUUUUCAAUGCAAAUCCAUAAUAUUCCAAAUAACUGGUAAACAAAGGAAAAAUUUAAUCUCGACGGGACCUUCGCCUCGAUGAGGGUCUCGUGCUGAUCUCGUCUCUAACCUCAAUUGUAUUCGUGUCUGGAAUGUUGAAGACGAGACCCAGAUCAAUCUGAAUCUCGUCUGCAGCCCUUCUGCUUCUCUUCGAGCCGGGUAAGACAUCUGGCCAGGUUUCCCAUAUUUUUAAAUGCGAAAACAGCAAUAUCCCUCUCCCCCAACAAACACAUCGGUUGCAAUAAAGAGAAGUGGGGGAGUCUCCCCCGCAUGAGCAGACGCCGACUAGUCUCGUGGCUUGCCUCCCGGCGUCUGGCUAGUGGAGCGCAGAGCGUCAAACCGUCAACAUUAUUUUUUACUGAAUACAUUGACAACGAAUUACUGGGCACAAUGGCUUGUACCGAGAACAUCGUGCCGUCUGGUGCAAUACCAAAAAAAUCGUGCACCAAUCUGUCCCUGUCAUCCACCAGCGACAACACUCGUCAUCAACCCUGGCAGCAGAGGCUCUUCGGUAAACAAUUGCUUCACUGCAGUGAUAGUGGAAAACUUGUUGAUGUUAACAGUGCACUUGUCGGCGAGAAAGUCCCAGUGUGCGACAUCAUCGGUGUUUACUUCAGCUUUAUCAAUCCUGGCGCCACGUGUGAUGAUUUCACGAGACAAUUGAUCGACUUGUAUCAGAAUAUCAAUGCUGGUGUUGUUGUGAAUGGAGAUCAUGGGGAGGGGGUUAAGAAGAGGAAAUUUGAGGUAGUGCAUGUGGUGCUCUGGAGUAAUGUUGCUGAUGUACUGGAUUUUGAGGAGAGCUUUCGCAAUCAUGUGGCGGAUUUGCCGUGGCUAGCUGUACCUAAUCGAGAUUACGAGAGAAAGACGAGAUUAACGAGGAGAUACAGAAUCAAAACCGGUGUUCCGACCCUAAUCCUCUUGGAAGGUACAAGUGGCUCUGUGGUGACUCGUGGGGGUGUGGAGAGGGCAGUGGCCGAUCCUAGUGGCUCGAACUUUCCGUGGAGAGCUUCACAUCCAAAGUCGGCCCUAGAGGAUGGACCACUGAUGCCCUGUGGUGCUCGAGACAGCAAUGAACCGAUGUUACACGAGGAGCUGCGGCAUUGUGUGAAGGGGGUUUAUUUCAGCGCCCACUGGUGCCCACCCUGCAAAGCCUUCACUCCGCAGUUAGUAGACACUUACCAGCGAAUCCGGGAGAGAGGACACAACUUUGAAGUGAUUUUCGUCAGUUCUGACAGGAGUGAAGAGUCGUAUAACGUGCACACGGAGUCGAUGCCAUGGCUGCGGAUCCCCUUCAAUCAAGAGGAGAGACGGAAGAAACUGGCGAUUGCACUCGACGUUCAAGCGAUACCGACCCUCGUGAUCCUCGAUUCCAGGGACAAUAUUAUCACUCUGGAGGGGAGGGCCGAACUACUGGAGGAUCCAGAGGGGCUGAAUUUUCCCUGGACGAUCAGACUUGUCAACAUCCUCACGGAAAAAUAUGCCACCUCUCUUCACGAUGGCCCCGCUAUCAUUCUUUUUGUCGAGGGUGACGACUGUGAAGUGCAGUUUGGGGAGAGUGUUCUUCUGCCAGCAGCUGAGGCAUACAGAAGGGACAGGCCCGAUUACGACCCGAAUUAUGAUGAUCCUGAUGGGACACUUCAAUUUUUUGUCGCGCUGGAUGGGGAAACGUCCGAUAUAUUACGUGAAUUUGUCGGCUUGGACGAUGCAGUACCACUGCUAACUGCCAUAGACAUACCCCGAGGGGUUUACGCAGUGAUGGAGGAUGGUGCUGAAAUAACUGUCGACUCGGUUCAAUAUUUCAUCGAUGGAUUUAUAUCCGAAAAAUUGCCAACCAACAAGAUAGCUGCCAGCCAAAAAUCUAAAAGCGAUAAAGUUAAUGUCUGAGACUCACUGUCAUUCAAAUUCUUGUGUACAAAGUUCAUCUCCUCAAUGCAUUGCAUUCCCAUCGUAUCACUAGCUGAAUAAAUUGUAUAUUGUAUUUUCCCGAUGAACAGAGAAUUCUCGUGAUUCGGGGGUAUUUAAUAAAACAAUACAGAACUGUAAAACUA